GACGCAAAGUUCGAGAGGGAUAGGGCGGCUGUUAGAGAGGAGCGCACGCAUUGAAGGUAGGGACGGAGAGAUUGGGACUGCAGGCGUCAGCAUUUCCGCAAUCUACACUGGGGUGGGAUGAAAGGAGAAUCCACCAUGGUGAAGAGUAUUCAGGUACAGCUCCAAGCUGGAGCAGAAAGUGGCAAUCGUGCACCCUGACUUAUGCCAUGUGAAUAUUCACUGAAGUCGCCGCCGUUGUAGUGGGGGGAGCGAAGCUGGGACGGAUUCUAGGGCUUUAGCGGCUUGGCACUGUAGGCUCCCCGACGAUUCUACGGCCAGGAUUAGACCUCACUUUGUUGCCCCACGGUCCAGCAUAAAUUGUAAACACUCACCUUGUACUCAACCAUCACGCUCCUUCAGCCCUUCCUCCUCAAAAUCUUUGGCUAUCUCCAUCAUGGAUCCUAUACCAGUUAUUGUCAAACAUCAAGGCAACAAGUAUGAAGUCGAGGUCGACCCGACUUCCAACGGCGAAACGUUCAAAUACCAGCUCUUCUCCGUGACGGGAGUCGAGCCUGACCGCCAGAAGAUUCUCGUCAAAGGCGGCCAGCUCAAGGAUGAUGCCGAUAUGUCCAAGCUAGGCUUGAAGCCUAAUCAGACCAUGAUGAUGAUGGGGACACCUUCCGGCGAUGCUUCCGGUGUCAUCGAGAGACCGAAGGAGAAGAUACGGUUCGUGGAGGAUAUGACCGAGGCCGAAGCAGCACAGAUCGAAGGCGCCACACCCGCGGGUUUGCAGAAUUUGGGCAACACGUGCUACAUGAACUCGACACUUCAGACUCUGAAAUCUAUACCCGAGUUGCAAGAGGAGCUAGCUCGAUACACCCCUAGCGAGGCGGGUCCUAGUUCUGCAAACCCACUCAGCCAGUUCGGUCUCGGCAGCCUCGGCUCGUCCUUGGAUCUCACAGCUUCCCUCCGCGAUCUGUUCAAACAGAUGUCCGAAACCCAACAAGGCUUCCCUCCCCUCGUGUUCUUGAACGCACUCCGAACCGCUUUUCCCCAGUUCGCACAAAAGUCGAAAGAUGGGCAUGGAUUCGCGCAGCAGGACGCCGAAGAGGCUUGGUCCCAGAUAGUUUCCCAACUCCGAACAAAGCUCAAGAUCAAAGACACUGCGGCGGAGUCCGAGGCCAACAAAGCCAAGGACUUGUCCUUCAUUGACAAGUACAUGGCAGGCAAAUUCGAAUCCGUUAUGGAGUGCGAUGAACCCGCUGCGAAAGAGGGCGGUGAAGAUCCUGUCCACAGUAAAGACACGUUCUUCAAGCUCAACUGCCACAUCAGCGUGGAGACGAACCAUCUGCGAGACGGCCUGGCGGCUGGCUUGAAGGAGCAGAUCGAGAAGCGCUCCGAGGUCCUUGGACGAGACGCUACGUACACAAAAACGUCGCGCAUCGCGCGGCUUCCGAAGUAUCUGCCCGUCCACUUCGUGCGGUUCGAUUGGAGAAGGUCGACUAACAAGAAGGCCAAGAUUAUGAGAAAGGUCACUUUUCCUCAGGAGUUAGAUGCUGUUGAGUUCUGCACCGACGAUCUCAAGAAACUCCUCAUUCCGGUGAGAGAUAAGAUCCGGGAUAUUAGGAAGGAAGAAGAAGAUGUUGAGCGGGCUCGUAAGCGGCAAAAGCGAAUGAAAGCCGGUGAAGAGAAUGACGUAGAACCCAGCGCCAAAGAGCCUCUCCAGAAAAAGGCAGAGCAGAAGAAGGCGGCUGAGGUUAAGCCCUCCGAGGAUACGGAGAUGAAGGACAUCGAGUUCAAAACUGAGGCACAGAUCGAGGCCGAGCGCGCGGCAUCGAUUCUUGCUCUCAAAAAGGAACUCCUUGCGCUUGUGGAUCCUAAUCAGUCCGCAGACGAAGGCGCCAAUCACACAGGGCUCUAUGAACUGCGAGGGGUAAUUACCCAUCAGGGCGCGAGCGCUGACAGUGGCCAUUACACCUCCUUCAUCAAGAAGCUGGGUCCAAAAGAUCCCGUCACUGGCAAACGGAAGGAGGAGGAUGGCAAGUGGUGGUGGUUCAACGACGAAAAGGUCUCUGAAGUCGAUGCGGAGAGGAUUGACAGCUUGUCUGGCGGAGGGCAGAGCCAUUCGGCCCUGAUUCUCCUCUAUCGGGCAGUCCCCUUAUCCACCAUCGACGAGGCAGAAAACAAACCAUAGGCGUUGAUACCCUCAUCUGAACAGCCAUGUUCUGCAUGCAUCCUCUUAGAUUCAUAAAUGCUCACUGUAAUUAGGCACAUGGUGAUGCAUGGCGUUGGCAUUGCAUAGCUGGGCACACGACAUGGGCACGAAUUAGAACAUGUAUUCUAUAGAUGCAAUGAUAAUGAGGUACUCCGC